CUAGUUGCAGUAUGAAGUUCUUACCUACUAAAAUAUAAACUCUGAAUCGUAUCAAAAACAAUAACAGUUAACUUUCCCUACCCUGGUGGUCUAUUGAAAGUAAAAUUAGAAAACGAAUUACUGUGAUUACAGUGUCAUAUUUGAUAGACAUUUCCGAUACAAGCAAUUAGAUUUGUUUUCAUGAAUAUAAACUCGGCCUUCAUUUAAAUAACAGUCAGUUGUUUGUGUGUCCAGUAGGUCUUUUCAUUUAAGGCUAUGAAUAAAAUAUAAAUACUUUGUUAUUAUUAAGUAUCUACGAGACUAAAUUAAUCAUAUCUAAGACAAUACUAAACGUUUAAUCUGUGCUAGCAUUGACAAUCGAUAUUAAUGUUUAAAAUACUUUUUAUAUCCCUCAUAACAUCAAUCAAUGCAAAUCCAAGAUGUUCCACCGCUACAAGUGUACCAAAGUAUCAUUUAAUUGAACCAUGCCAUAGAUCUACACUUGGCAUCGCCGCAAGAGCCAAGUACUCUUCUCUUACAAGUUGUAAACGACUUGGCAUUGAGAAAAAGGCGUUGGCCUUAAAUUUUAGCCCAACUUGGAACCGCUCGGAGCCGGAAUACCCGUGUGAAGUGCUCAAAUGUUCCGAAGCUGAAGGUGGACUCUCACUGAAUAAUGACACAAGAUACGAUUAUUACAGUAUCUAUCUAACUGCUAAGCCCAUACCUAACGUUAAUGCAACUUGCGUACCAAGUAUAGGCAUGUUCUACCUUCUGUCUCGUAAAUUAAACUAUACAAAUGCAGACGAUAAGUGCAAGAAUAUGAGUAGUACAUUAGCAGAUGUGAACAGUGAACAAAGAACAGAUGCUCUUGCGCAGUUCCUCACUGGGGCGGGAGUAGCCACUGCGUUUGUAGGCUUAAAAAAGGACCACGAGACAAGAUUUAUUGAGGUAAAUGGGAACGGCCUCGAUUGUACUACCUACCGCGCCUGGGCUCCGGGACAUCCGAGAAGAAAUCGUUAUCAUAAUUGCAUACUUCUAACAAAGCAGCAUACUUGGCGGACAACUUCCUGCGAAAAUAAACAACAAGCCUUAUGUGAAUUGAUUCCUCACGGCCCCUACAAAAAAGGUUCUAUAUUUAAAGAUAGUCCUUGAGUGAUGUGAUAGUUAUAAGUCUUACCACAUUUAAAUUAAUGUUUAGUGUUACAAAAUGUAAAAAAUAUUAGUUCCCGCGCUGAUUUUGAUUUUUGUUAGUAGAGGUCAUUUAUCUUACCAUAGCAACCUUUAUUUAAUUGGUAAAUGACAUUUGACAACGAUACGAAAACUGUGUGUGUUUAGACUUUAAAACCAACCUGUGGUA